AUGGCUUCUCAAUUACUCCCACUAGAGCUCAUCGACAAGUGUGUCGGCUCCCGCAUUUGGGUCAUCAUGAAGGGCGACAAGGAGUUCAGUGGCACAUUACUCGGCUUUGACGACUUUGUCAACAUGGUCCUUGAGGAUGUUACUGAAUACGACUACACCGGCUCUUCAACCAAAAUGUCCAAGAUUUUGCUGAAUGGAAACAACAUCUGCAUGCUCAUUCCUGGUGGCAUGCCUGAGUAA